AUGUCGACUUUGAAGGAAGGUUACGAAAAGAAUUUGGAAACUCUUGAAGUGGAAAUGGAACUGCUUCGAAGCGAAAACUCUCGUCUGCGAGCGACGUUGCUCGAGAAGGAAAAUUUGUUUGACCAAUUGACUGAAAACAUCGACAGUAUGAGGCAAAGAGUCAUCGACGAUUUCGAAGGAAGAAUGGACAGACUGGAUUAUGAAAAUAGUCAGUUGAGAAUGGAACAACUGGACCGAUCUCGAGAGGCCGAAGAAUUUCAACAUAUAAUUGGCCGUCUUGAAGAGGAGGUCCAGGCUUUGGCAGAAGACAACAGGAAACUAGAGACCGAAAAUAUGGACAAGGACAAAGUGAUCGAAAACCUCAAAGAAAGCAACAUGCAGUGUGAUGCGAUGAAGAACGGUUUGCAGCAAGAGGUCAGGAAUCUCAGCCGACAGAACACUGAAACGGAGAUAAAUAUGGCCGAUCUGAAGAAAGAAAAGACUGAGCUGGAAGAAAAGAUGGCGGAUUUGGGAAAGGACUUUGAAAAGGAAGUUCAUGACCUCGAGCAGAGGCUGAGUCACUAUCAAGAUAUAAUUACAGAAGAGGACAGAGUGAUUGAAAGGUUUAACAAACAGGUGAUAGAAAACGAAGAAAAAAUAGAAGAGCUAGAAAAAGAAGUCCAAAAUUUAGUUGAGCAAAAAAAGGAACUUAGAAUCGAAAUGGAAGACACUAUUGAUCGCCUUAUGCUUGACCUCAGUAAUCUUCAUACGAAAAUGGACAUCCAGAUAGAAAUGUGUAAGCAAGAAGUGAUAAAAAAGGAAGAGAAAAUAAAUGACCUGGAGAAUAUUGCAGAGAAUUUACUCGAAGAAAACAAGAAAGUUAAAACUGAAAUGGAAUACAAAAUAAAUGACCUUAGUCAAGAACUCAGUAAACAGCAGGAUCUCAAUAAGGAGAUUGAAAAGUUUGAAAAAGUCAUAUUCGAAUUUGAACAAACGAUUGCAGGUCUGGAAAGUGAGGUCGUCUCCUUGUUGAAAGAAAAGGAAAUCUUGAAGAUUGAAAUGGAAAAGGAAAUGAGCGACCUCAUAUCUGUGAAUAUGGAAAAGGAAGAGCAGCUGGAACUAUUUAAAAAAGAAGUCAUUGAAUGUGGACAAACAAUUGAAGUUUUGGAAAAUGAGGUCGUCUCCUUGUUGAAAGAAAAGGAAAGCCUGAAGAUUGAAAUGGAAAAGGAAAUGAGCGACCUCAUAUCUGUGAAUAUGGAAAAGGAAAAGCAGCUGGAACAAUUUAACAAAGAAGUCAUUGAUUGUUUACAAAAGAUUGGAGGUCUGGAAAAUGAGGUCGUCUCCUUGUUGAAAGAAAAGGAAAGCCUGAAGAUUGAAAUGGAAAAGGAAAUGAACGAACUCAUAUCUUUAAAUAUGGAAAAGGAGGAGCAGAUGGAAAUAUUUAAAAAAGAGGUAAUUGAAUUUGGACAAACAAUUGAAGGUCUGGAAAAUGAGGUCGUCUCCUUGUUGAAAGAAAGGGAGAGCCUGAAGAUUGAAAUGGAGAAGGAUAUAAUGGACCUGAAAGAAGAGAUGACUAAUCUGCAGGAUAUGAAUUUGGAAAAGGACAUGGAGGUUGAAAAAUUGAAAAGGGAGGUAAUUGAAAUUGGAGAGACAAUUGGAGUUCUGGAAAAUGAGAUCGUCUCCUUGAUGAAAGAAAAGGACAGCAUGAAAACUGAAAUGGAAAAAGAAAUAACCGACCUAAUAUCUCUGAAUAAGGAAAAGGAAGAGCACUUACAACAAUUUAAAACAGAAGUCACUGAUUCAGAACAAACGAUUGAAAGUCUGGAAAAUGAGGUUGUGAACUUGAUAGGAGAAAAGAAGAGGCUGAAAACUGAAAUGGAAAAGGAAAUGAUGUACCUGAAAGAAGAGAUGACUAUCCUGAAGGAUAUGAAUUUAGAAAAAGACGAGGAGACUGAGAAAUUGAAAGAAGAGGUAAUUGAAAUUGGAAAGGCAAUUGAAGGUCUGGAAAAUGAGGUCAUCGAGUUGAUGGAGGAUAAUGAAAAGAGGAAAACUAAGAUGGAAAAGGAAAUAAAAGACCUCAAAGAAGAGUCGAUGAACCUCCAAUCACUGAACAUGGUAAAGGACGAGGAGAAUGAAAAUUUGAAAAAAGAAAUAAUUGAAAUAGGAAAGGCAAUAGAAGGUCUGGAAAAUGAGGUCAUCGAGUUAAUGGAGGACAAUGAGAAGAGGAAAGCUAAGAUGGAAAAAGAAAUAACAGACCUCAAAGUAGAAUUAACUUACCUGCAGGAUAUGAAUUUGGAGAAGGACAAGGAGAUUGAAACAUUCAAAAAGGAAGAAUUGGAAUUUGUAGCGACAAUUGAAGCUCUGGAAAAUGAGGUCAUCGAGUCGAUGAAGGAGAAUCAGAAAAGGAAAACAGAUAUGAAAGAGGUAAUGAACAACCUCAAAGAGUUGAUGAAAGAGUACGAUAUGAAUAUGGAAAAAGAUAUAGAAUAA